CCAUGAUUGUCUGUAUCUUUCUGUCUCUAUAAGUGCAAGUGUGAGCUUUCUUAUAAUCUUGCCCCACUCUUCUCGGUGACCCUGCAUAAACCCUCCUAUCAAACGCGCAUAUCUCCGGAGCUGUUCAUGCAAAAAACAGGGAGCAUAACGUCUUCACCUCCCCGUUCAUCCACAAACACUUCCAUCAAUACCGAAGGAAAACGGCAUACUAGGCUCAAAGAAACACAGUUCACCUAUAGAUACGGACAGAAACUACAUUCUUUCGAGCCUGAAAAGGCACCGUAUCCAGUAUCGUACGACAAGGAAAUUCUCGAAUUGGAACAUUUGGACGGGCAAUUAGUAAAAUAUUUGAGGCAGGGUUCUGUCUCUUUCAUUGAUUUUCCGGAAGGAGAGCGUCCACAACGCUGUCUGGACCUAGGCUGUGGGACAGGCGCAUGGGUUAUUGAAGCAGCUAAGGAAUGGCGGACUACAGAAUUCGUUGGAUUCGACCUUGUAGAUAUCCAACUCAAGAUUUUUGAUCCUUCAUUAGAGGAAAGGAUACAAUGGGUCUAUGGCAAUUUCUUAACAACGAAGCUACCGUUUGAAGAUGACGAAUUUGAUCACAUACAUGUUCAAUCUAUCUCUUUGGGAGUUCCAGAAAACAAAUGGGAUGUGUUAUUUGAUGAAAUUUGUCGUGUCUUGCGGCCGGGAGGAUCUGUGGAAAUGAUUGAAGACGACAUCAUUUUCCCCUCACUUCCUCGCUGGUUCACUGCACCUAUGCGAGCGAAACCGCGUCGUUCUACAUCCGUACAUUUGCCGGAAGGCUCAGUACGUGGAAGUAUCUCUUCCUCGUUCGAAAGUACACCUUUAACACCGAAUCAUGAUCAUGCAUUACUUGAAUCGCUGCACAAAUCCGUAUUCGAGCAUCGAUUCAUCAAUAUGAAGCCGUCUGCUCUCUUGCCGAGCUACUUCACGACUUAUUUCAGACAGGUUACACUGGGACCAGUUCUGAGCUUCUUUUCACCUCCCCUGCCUCCUUUACAACCUCUUUCACCUCAAAUAACCACGACAUAUGCUGUUGGACCUCUGGGCCUAGAACUUGAACAACGGGCCUCUGUCAUAAGCAAUUCAACAUUUAACACACGUCCCAUAUCGGUGUCAUUUUCUUCGUCUACCAGUGGGUCCUCACAAGGUUCUCGGGACAAAUCUCACCCUUCGCCUCCCAAACUUGCUGAAGCACUUUCUUCGGCUAUCUUAAGUGACUCCGAUGACAACUACGAGGAUAUUCCCUCACCUCCGCCAAGGGAGCUUUACGCGUUGGAGGCCAACGGGCUUGCAGACAAAACUACACCCAAAGUUCCUUUAGUUACUAAUGAACGACUUGAUUCGCUCAACGAACGUUCUUUGGCUAUGCAUCUUUUUCGUGCUUACAACUACGUACUGGGUUGCCAGGAUGCGCUUUGGGAGGAAUUGAAGGAUCGGUUGCGGAAUCGAAAAGAGGAACUCGAGCCUUUUGGAUGGGAUGACGAAGAAGAAUUUGAAGAGGUUCACAAUCGCAAAAAGUUUGAACGACUUUUGGAGCGCUACCGAAGUGAUAUGCAAUCGCGGGUCUCGCUUUGGUGCUCUUUACACGAAUUGGGGUGGCCACAACCUGCUCGAGAACCCUUGUCAAAAGCUGAACUCAUUGAGGAGGAGCGGAUGCGUGAAGGAAUGCGUGAAGCAUUGUUGGAAGCUAGACGGACUGCUUCGUUCGAAGACCACCGAUUGCCUUGUAGAUCGAUAAGGGUCCUCGUGGGCUCCAAACCGUGAUACUUUUGUUUUCUCUUAUACCCAAGCCAUUGCAUAUUACGGUACUGUAUGUAUAGAACCUACAAGUCGCAUUGUAUUUGUAUAUCGCUGUACUAGACAUGUUUCAAAAAAUCGGGAUACUUGCGCAGAG